AUGAUUGUAGCCUCGCCACCCAGGAUUGGAACUCCCCUCCCGCGUGUCCCUCCUCUUCCCCCUCUGCCUCCACGGGGGAUCGCGGGGAGUACGCCAGCGCUGCCGCCUCUCGCGCUCUCCUGCGCAGACCUUAAACCCCGACCGGCCGGCACCCAGGGAGUCGCCAUUGUCACUCGUCCUGCCCCCGACGGCCUGCCCCACACAAUUCCCCGGCCUCUCGUCGAGCUACAUGUUUCCCGCCCUGCUCCGGGCCGCCUCGGCGCUGGCUGGGCGCGUAGCUUCACCUUCUUCCUUGCCGGUGCGGCGCCAGAAGCGGCGCCGAUCACGGGACCCUCAACUCCAUCCGCCGCCUGGCCGCGCUCCCGCAUGUUUACGGCCGCGGCAGCAGCAGACAUUCCGGCGGACUCAGCGGCAGUCGGCGCAAAUGGUUCGUUCGGGGGUUGUUCUGGUUGCCUCGCUGCCUCAGCUACGACCGCCGCAAUCUCCACCUCCCCGAGAGGUGACGGGGACACCGCCACCAAUGGCGCCGGUGAAUCAGCCGACCCAUGCUCCACAUGCGCCUCCUCCGCAGCCACAACCUCGUCCGCUGGUGGCGCCGUCGGCCCCGCAGCGGGCGCGGUUGAGUCGUCGUCAGAGGCGGCUGCAGGCACAGCAGCAGGCGAGUGCGCCUCCCGCCCCGUCCCCGUCGGAUCCGCCUCUGCCGCAGCACCCUGCUCCCCCCGCCGCGUCAAACCUGACCCCGCAGCAGCAACAUCCCCCCCGUAA